AUGGCUGAGCCGAGGAGCACAGUCAUGCCAACUGCUGGAACAAGAGGCACAGGGGGGCAACUGACAAGGGAUGCACCCAAAGUCUAUAAUACUUCUUACAGGGCAUCAUAUGGUGAAAGGGAGCACGAUCCAGCCAGGGUGAGUUUAAUAUCUUACCUCAGACAUCCCAGUGAGACGGGCUUCACAGCAAACCAGAGGCCAGCGAUAUAUUACAGGCCCAGUCUGGACCACACUGACAACCCUCAGUUUGGGCUCCUGUUAUCUAACAACUUCCUGACUCAAACUAAACUUCAUUACAAGCCUCACAUCCGCGCUGAUUGUUCAGGGCCUUUGCCAAACCUCAUUAACAAGCCCAGAGACAGCGGCUUCCAUCAGCUGAGGACUCACCUGCAGCCAGAGACUGGUGAAGAGGAGAAGACAGAAUACCAAAGAUGGUUUGUGCCUCAUUGUCUCACACGAACAGUUUCCCAGAAGCCUGUGACUAUAGGUCCCAAAGGAGAGACUGGUUUCACUGAGGGAACCAACCUUCAGCUAAUCACCUUUCAGGAGAAAAACAGCAGCAGGGCUGAACCUCAGCAGACCCGCGGCUCAGUGAUGAAACACGACUUCUUACUCCCGUCAUUUCUGCAGGGGGCUGAGCCGAUUCCAGGCCUCUGUAGCCGUUCUUGUCGAGAAACAGGAUUCACUCGAGGUGCUAGCGCCCCCUUGGCCUGUCCAACUUCACCUCCCCCACAGCCCCAGAGUGACAGUAAUGGACUAACUGUGAAGCGCAUUGGAAAAAAGGAGCCCACUGGGUCUCUUCUAAAUUCAAGCAACCAGGUUUUCCCUAAUGCACCUUUUGAUCGUUCACACUUCACUACACAUUAUAGGAGCAAGUUCUGUCAUGACGCUGAUGUAGAAAAGCUGAGAUCAGGCCCCUCUGCUGCAGGAAUCAUCAGAGCAAACAUGGACAACAGCUACAGUCGUCGGGACAUGGACAGAUUCAUCUUUAGAGGCUAAAACCUGAGAUGUUACCUUCAUGGCUACCAAUCACAAAAAUAAAUUCUAUUUUCUUGUUAGGGUUGUGGUUUGUUUGUAGAUGAAUAAAAUCUGUGUAAUUUCUUUUGUGGAAGAUCAGUUUCAAUAUUAUUUCUUUAUGAUUAAACCCUGAGAACCUUAAUCACUCCCACAUCUGUGGUGUUUUACAAAAGUCCUGUCAAAAACUAAU